AGAGGCGACCGGUCCCGAGUGCCGGAAGGGCCGCGCCUGCGCGCUCCGGACAUCUGAGGGCGGCAGCGCGGGCGCGGCCAUUGGGGCUACGGGUCAAGUUUACUCUUGGUUUCCGCUCGCCUUCUUUUCUCAGUCACAUCCGGAAAACCGGAAAGUGCAGGCAGGACCAGACCGACGGACAGACCCACCCACUGCGCCCCACCAGUGUAUGGCCACGAGGGCGCCAAUUCCUCCUUGGGCCCCGCCCAUUAAAGCGGCUUCUGCCUCCGCCUGUCUGGACCGAUCUCCCCAAAGUGAAAAAUUCCCGCCUCACUGAUGUGAGACUUGCAGGAUUGGCUGGAAGCCACAGCCCAGCCUCCCGAUGCAGUCUGAAUCCAGCCAGUGUGAAGAGGAGACCCCGUCCCUCCUGUGGGGUUUGGACCCUGUGUUUCUAGCUUUUGCAAAACUCUACAUCAGGGAUAUCUUGGACUUAAAGGAGUCGUGCCAGGUGCCAGGUGUAUUUUUUUACAAUGGGCAUCCAAUAAGACAAGUAGAUAUCUUGGGAACUGUAAUUGGAGUGAGAGAAAGAAAUACUUUCUACAGUUACGGAGUGGAUGAUAGCACUGGAGUUAUAAACUGCAUCUGCUGGAAAAACUUGACUGAUACCGAGUCUUCCUCAGCUACAGCUGCUCCAAGUGCAAGAGAACUGAGCUUAACCUCCCAGCUUAAGAAGCUGCAAGAGACCAUUGAGCAGAGAACAAAGAUAGAAAUUGGGGACAUUAUCCGGGUCAGAGGUUAUGUCCGCACGUACAGAGAAGAGCGAGAAAUUCAUGCCACUGUUCAUUAUAAAGUAGACGAUCCAUUAUGCAACAUUCAAAUUGCAAGGAUGCUUGAGCUGCCCAGUAUCUACAGGAAAGUUUAUGACCAGCCUUUCCAUAGCCCAGUCCUAGAAAAAGAAGUACUAAGCAAAAAUCCAGGUGUCCUGGACCUUACCAAUCUCACAUGUUUGCUGAGUGAAAAAGCCAAAGAAUUCCUCAUGAAGAACAGAGUGCAGACCUUUUACCAGCAGGAGUUAGAAAUGGUGGAGUCUCUGCUGUCCCUUGCCAAUCAGCCUGUGAUUCAUAGUGCCUGCUCCAAGCAAGCAGAUUUUAAGAAUGACACCACAUCCAAGGCCAUUCAUAGUAUAUUUAAGAAUGCUAUAAAGCUCCUGCAGGAAAAAGGAUUCAUUUACCAGAAAGAUGGUGGUUUUGAUAACCUCUUCUAUGUAACCAAGGAAGACAAAGAACUACACAGAAAGAUCCACCGUAUCAUUCAAGAAGACUGCCAGAAACCAAACCACAUGGAGAAGGGCUGCCACUUCCGGCACAUCUUGGCCUGUGCUCGCCUGAGCCUGAACCCGGGCCUGAGUGAGCCUGUGCUGCAGCAGGUACUGGAGCUCCUGGAGGACCAGAGCGACAUCGUCAGCACCAUGGAGCACUACUACAUAGCCUUCUGAGGACAGGCCGCAGACAGCCUGCGCGGAGCCGGGCCGAGGAGAAAGACCAAGUGGCUUGCACUCCCAGGCUCUGAUUUUGAACAUCAUACAGAGGCUUAUGGGUCAGGAGGCAAUUGUCUUAAAAUCAGCUAUGAAAUAAGGUCAUUGGAGGAAUGGAAUUUGGCAUAAAUUCUGUAGGCUGCCUUUUACCUGCUGUAUUCUUGGGAUAAAAUGACUUUUAUCUCGGCCACGACACACAAAAAAGCCCUCUCUGUUGACCUGCUGGCUGGACUGGGCCUCCUUCGUGAAGCAGAGAGGGAGGAGCCGGUGUUGGUGGCUGAGUCGGUGUGUGUGGAGGGGCUCUAUCAUGGUAAAGGGGUGUCGCGUGGUAAAGCCCAGGGACUGCAGGAACUGAAGAGCAUGCGGCCAGAUCACACAGAUCUAAAGCUUUUUAAAAGUUCAGACUAUCAGAAACAUUCUUGUGGUCUGCUUUAAUGGUUAAGAACCAGUGCCAGGAAGUGGCUCUCCCUGGAUGUGUGUCGCUGAGCUAUGAUUUCCAAGGGUUAAGCACCAGCGUUGGGUCAUGAGUCCAGGUUGAAUGCUUUUACAGACACUCAGAGAUGGCAGUUAAUGGGUCCAAGGCAUGGCUCUGUGUCCCUUUCUCUUCUGAGUUGAAAGGUAUUUCAGAGCAUUUGCCUGCAUUGAGGACAUACGGGACUAAAUACAUUGUCCCUUAAAGUCCUGAACUUCCAGGAGGCUUUCACACAAUUAUCUGGCUGCGGUUGAUGUUAUUUUUAAGAUUAUCGUUGAAGUGCAGGAUGUUCUGACACCAUCCAGACAAAGACUCAGCAUUUGCCCAGACAGGCGAUGGAGUUACACUUCUGCUCAGGAUGACAAGGUAAAGGAGAAAAAUCUGCGGCAUGUAGUAGACUUGUUCUAACAGCACGAUGACAAAGCCAGCCAGCAAAAAUAAAGUGUGGAGAAAGUUAGGGAGUUAAGUACAGUCAUUUCACAAAAGGCACAUCUGCCUGUGUCUGCUGCGUUUGCUCUUGACAUAAUAAGCUCCUAGUGGCUCUGCCCGAGAGCCUGUCGGCCUGUAGCGUUGCUCUGCUCUGUGUGCAGAUGGAGUGCUUUUCCAUUGAGGAGUGGCUGCAGCUCCUUAGUUAGGCUGAGGGCUGGUACUGACAGAUCGCUUUCUGUUACGGACUUUUCUGACUUGACCUAAACCUCUGCCCUAAUUCUAACAGUGAUUACCCGGAUGGCUGCCCUGUGUCCUCGCGACUUGUAGAAUGGGGUCUAUCUGGAAUGACAUCCCAGUGGUUCUUCCUUGAGGCCAGUGGCUGUUCCAUAUUGAAUGUAUCUCAGAUUAUUGGAACUGCCAGGAAGGAGUCUUGAAUGAGACCAUAUAUACUUUGCAUACAGCAGCCCCACUUCUAGGGGAUGAUCACAUGGGUGUGAAAGGUUGAAUGCACAAGAUGUCCAUUGCUAUAUAAUUUAGAAUUCUAUAAUUGGGAAGAGUAUUUAUAGGGAAAGAAUAAUUAUGGUACAUGUACACAGUGAAAUACUAUGCAGUCAUUAAAAUACCGCAGACAGAUAUUUUUUUACCACAGAACACGCUUCCUAAUAGACUUAGUAUAAUACUACUGAUCUAAAACUACCCGUGUGUAUAUGUAUAUCUGUAUAACAGAGAGUGCUUCUGUAUGUACAUCUGUAUAAAUGUAGCAAUGUACACACGUAUGUACAGUUGACCACUCCCCACUCCUAGGAGUACUUUCUGCACUUGGCUUUCAAGACACCACACUGUGUGUGCUCUUUCUCAGUCUCCUUUGCUCAGGGUCAGUCCCAGACCACUUUUCUCUCUAGCUUUCUCCCUUGGAGAGCUCGACCAGUCUCGUGGCUCCAACCAUCUAUAUGCUGAGAAAUUCUACAACUUAUCUCCAGUUUGGACCUCUUCUGAACUCAAAACCCCUGCAUUCAACUUCCUGCUGACAUCUGCCCAUGUCUAGCAGACAACACAAACUUAACAUGCUCAAUGCCAGGUUCCCAGUCACCCCUGACCCCACACACGCUCCUGAAGUUUUCCCUGAUUCAGGAAAAGGCAACUUCAUUCUCCAGGUUGCUCAGGUCAAGCCCAUUGACUAAUUGCUUUCUCUCCCAUCCCAUCUGCCCACAAAUGACCUUGGCUCUAUCUUCAAAAUAUUUCUAGAAUCAAGCACUUCUCCGUCCUCCACUGCCACCACCUGGAGGAUUGUUGCCUCCUCGCUGUUCCCCCUGCCUCCGCCCUUAGCCCUCUUUAGUUCAUUCUCAGCAGAGCAGCCAGUGAUUCUGUGAAAACUGAAGUCAGACUCAGUCAUCUGCUCCAGCUCUCCCAGGACCUUUCAGUCCCAUUCUAGAAAGGAGCCUAAGGCAUCCUAGUGUCAACAAGCUUCUGCUCUGCAGCCUCCUCUGCCCGUCCGCCCGCUCGCGCGUGCGCGCGCGCGCACACACACACACACACACACACACACACACUCCACUCAGCAUCAGCAUCUUAGCCUUGCAGUCCCUCAUACACCAGGGACAUUCCUGCUGUAGGGCCUUUGUGAUUGCUAUUUCCUCACACAGAUAACCUCGUGCUGGGCUUCCCCUCCCCUCCUUUGGGUCUUUUCCUUGGUGUCACCUUCUCAGUGAGGCUUGCUCUGAUCUCCCUUUUGCUAAUUGCAAACAACUGCUUCUCCUUCCUCCCCAGGAUUUCUCAGCACUUAAUUUUCUCCCCGGUACUUGUCACCCUGUAACACACCCCUUAUGUUUCUUAUUUGCCUUGUUUUGUUAUCUGUUUCCCCAACAGAAGGAUUACUCCAUGAGGGCAAAACUCUCUCUGUUUUGUUUCCUGCUGUAUCUUCAGCAUCUAGAACAGUGCCUGGCACAUCUUUCCAGCAAUACCACCUUUGUGUGUAUGUGUGUGGCUGCCCUCCACCAGCUGAUAUCUUCCGGUCUUUCCUGUGGGGCUUUCUCCAAGGUCUUGGAAGGCUGUUUAGGCCAGAAGUGCUCAGAAGUGACACCCACUGGAAGCAGCCUCAGCCAGUAGGACCUGAGCUUAAAAACUCCAGCUCCCUUGCCCUUGCCCUUCAAAUGAUCUGUGUCUGAGGCACAUGUUCUACACCACUUCCCAGAGUUUCUCUGUGGGAUUAAGCUCCAUUCACCACACUACCAGCUAACGAUAGCCACCCUUCAUUGGCUGCCUUCGCCUCCAUUUCCUCCCCACUCCCCAUUACUGUCUGCCACACCUCCCGAAUGAAUUGCUUCCUUUCCAGUCCUUGUUUCAGGGUCAGCUUCUGGAUGAGCACAAAUUAGCACCAUGCUCACCAAUAUAUUUGAGAAAGGCUAUAUGAAUAAUUCUACACAUCAAACAGAGAGACUAAUAGAAAUGCUUGCCAAAAUGGUACACUUGUUGCCUCAGAAAGGUGAAAUGUAAGAUGCUUACGUGUAUGUAUCUUGAUAUGUUUACAAUUAGCAAGAGUCCCAAAAAGAAUAAAGCUGUUUCUUACUCCCCA